CUUAGGGCAAAUAGAGAACCACCGAGAUUUAAAUCAUAUGGAUCCUUUACUGAGACAACCUUAUCUUGAACUAGAUUAUGAAGGAAACUCGUUUACCGAUCAUUCGUUCGGAGGAUACUCCAAUGGCUAUACUUUUGAAGAAUCCAAUGGAUGGGCUUAUAAGCUGAACGAAGACUGGCAUAGUGGAAUUGAACUGUUUGAGCGUAAUGAUGAUGAAAUUGAUGAAGAUUUUACCGAGCUUGAUAUAGCUAUAAAGGGUAAGAGAAAAGAAGAUGGCAACAUCUUUUUGAGACUCAGAAUAUCAGAUAAAGAAGGUAGGAUCAGAAACAUAUAUUUCCCAUUUGUUAUUGAAACAGAUACUGCAUUAAGUGUUGCAACUGAAAUGGUAGCGGAGUUGGAGAUAACCGAUCAAGAUGUGACUAAAAUAGCCGAUACGAUCGACAGAGAAAUUGCUUUACUCGUUCCUUACUGGAGACCAGGGCCCGGAUAUGAAGAGACUCCUGGGUUUUCAAACUCCAACGUCUGUCUCAAUUGUGCUUCUAAUCAUACCUCGACUGGUUCGUUCUUGAAUUUUCUGUCGAGUAACCCAGGUGUGGAAUCUUUGCAGUUUUUACCGUGUUCAGGAUGUACUGCUACACAUGGACGGUUUGAAGAAUUUACAUAUCGAGUUGAUAGUCCUUGUCUGAUUGCAUCCAGUUGUGCCAAUAAACUGACUUUGCUAAACCAUACCAAUGGUUUCCAUUGUGAUGAAGACUGGAAACAGAAUGGAAGUCUCGAAUGCAGCUCAAUAGGCUGUCAUUAUCGCGAGGAAAGGCAUGAUAAAGAAAGUAGUGUAGAGGACAAGACACAGGCGAUGGUGAAGAAGAUUAAGAAAUCUUUAUCUGACUCCAUUUCAUUUGCUGUGAUUCACCCAAUGGGCCAAGAUAUGCGUGUCGACUACGACCACAAAUUUCAACACGAGUUGAGAUGGCUUAGAGCAAAGUAUCAGAUAGAAGCGCUGAAACUAAGAGAUCGAUGGUUAGAAUUUCUUCCAAGAUCUUCAAAACAUCGUUCGAGUUUGGAUCAUAGUAACCGGAACGAUGAAGUUGGGAUUGUAUCAUACAAAACUCUCGAACUUUCUGAUCAUGGCGAGAACACGAGUUUGGAAAGCUGCCCGAGUUUGUUCUCUAGUUCAUUUCUUCCUCAAAAACUUCAGAGGACAAUAUCCUUACCAGUUGAUGCAGUUGAAUUAUGAUCUGAAAGAGUUGUCUUCAUUUUUUUCAUUCAACUUUUUUCUUUAAAAAAAAAAUUUACAGAAGCUGUAAAUUUAUCGCAUAAACUUUAGUGGUUCUUAUACUUGGAUUGUAAUUCAAUAUUUUUUGAUAAAUGGAUCUCUAACUUUCUAUUA